AACUUGUCUUAGACGACGACGCCGCCAACGGUAGGAGACGACUAAAGAGAGUUUAGGUACUAACAUGUAAAUGCCAGGUGAACACGGAAGUAGGACGAAAUAAAGUUGGAAGUCUAUAAUCAUAAUGGCGAACGUCGACCAUCAGACGAAGAAAUCACCUACAAAUGUGCCAUCAAAUCUUCUCAGCGCUCAAGAGAACGACCAACUGUUCAAUGUUCUUGGAAACAGAUGUGUGACUUUAGCGACUGCUGUGGUUCAGCUAUAUUAUGCAUUUCCUGUUAGAGAUAGAUGGACUCAGCAGCUUUGUGGAGUUGCUUGUUUCGUUAAAGACAAUCCCAAACGAUCUUACUUCAUACGUAUUUAUGACAUUCAGAAUAGUUACAGAUACAACAUGGUAUGGGAACAAGAGUUAUAUAAUCAAUUUAAAUAUGGAACGCCAAAAUCAUUCUUUCACACGUUUGCUACGGAUGAUUGUCAAGCAGCUCUUAACUUUGCCAAUGAAAAAGAAGCCAGUGGAUUUAAAAAUGUGAUUAUUGAGAAAAUUAUGCAGAAACAGGCAAGGAAACAAGAAAAGAAGCAAGGCAGAGUUCCACCACCAUCACCAACACCGACUGCUGCACCAAUUGCAUCAUUACCUGCUCCAUCACCAACUCCAAAUACAUUGAAGAAAAAAAAGAAAUCAAAAGAAAAAGAAAAAAAAGCAAAGUUAUCCAAAGCAGAUAUUGGAUUACCAAGUGAUUUUAGACAUGUUGGUCAUGUUGGUUGGGACCCAGAAAAAGGAUUUGAUACUGACAAUCUUGAUCCAGAUGUGAAGAAUUUAUUUGACACAGUUGGUAUCUCUGAAGAACAGUUGAAAGAUAAGGAAACAUCAAAAUUUAUCCACGACUUUAUCGAACAGCAAGGUGGAGUUGAAGCAAUUAAGAGAGAUCAGGAGAGAAUGCGACAGGAAAGUACCCGUGCUCCUCCACCCUCUUCUCGAGCACUACCACCACCACCGCCCGGUGAUGGACCUCCACCUCCUCCUCCUCCACAAUCACGUUCAGUUGGACCACCCCCACCUCCACCAGGAAGAGGGGUGCCUCCACCAGGAAGAAUGAUGCCACCCCCACCACCUCGCGCAAAUUGUGGUCCUCCACCACCACCACCAACUAGGACUGGAGCGCCGCCACCUCCACCACCACCAAGUUCAUCUCGAGCUCCAGCACUUGCCCCACCACCACCCCCACCUCCCACAUCCUAUGGUGCUCCUCCACCACCACCACCUCCUGGGCCCCCACCACCACCAAUGGGUGGGCCACCCCCACCACCCCCACCUCCCCUUCCUGAUACAGAUUCGUCUAGUGGAGGUAGAUCUGCUCUUCUUGGACAGAUUCAAGGAGGUAAAAUGUUGAAGCAUGUGGAUGCUUCUGAACAAAGAUCAGCUGCUCCAGAAGACUCCAGAGGCACUUUGUUAUCAGAGAUAAGAGGUGGAUUUUCACUUAAGCCAGUUGAACAUGUUGAUGGACCAGCUACGCCAGCACCAACAGGAAUGGCUGCAGCUUUAGCUAAUGCCUUGAAUGCACGCCAUAAAGUCAUUCAGUCAGAUUGGGAUAUAAUGGUGCAAGUGCAUUCAUUCAGUGAUCUGAUUCAAGAUGGCUGA